AGAGGCGAUAUGCAGAAGCGGAACGUGUUCCGGUGAAGCUGCACGAAAUCACACUUUAAAGAUAGCUGUUGUAAUUCAUGGUUCGAAGCUCUUACAGUAUUAUCAAGGGUUCCUAUACUUCCAUAACUUUUGGCUAUCUUCAUCUACUAAAAUUUUAUCGUGCAAAGCUGUCAAGUGCCUCCCUCACUGCGGCUUUCACUGCACUCGUCCCGCUACAUUUUAGAGGAGCCCAUAGCCCAGCGACAAGAUGGCGAUAGGAAGCAUCGUCUCAGCCUCCUUGGGUGCUGCUCAAGAGAGCCCCUUUCAAUUCCUUGCCAUUCUAGUCGUCUUCGUUCCAAUUACUUAUGUCGUCAUAAAUGAGUUUGUGCGUCGACAAGCACGCAUUCCGGGGAUGAAAGGGCCUUCUGGAAUCCCAUUGAUUGGAAACAUUGGGCAGAUCCGCGUGAAUGCAGCUGAGAAAUACAGAGAGUGGGCAAAGACAUAUGGAGCAGUUUACCAGAUCCAGCUGGGGAAUAUCCCAGUUGUCGUUGUCAACUCUGCUGCCUCAGCCAAGGUCUUGUUUGGCCAACACGCCCAGGCUUUGAGCUCGAGACCCGAGUUUUAUACAUUCCACAAGGUUCUUUCUGACACUGCUGGAACUACCAUUGGAACAUCCCCUUAUAGUGAUUCAUUGAAGCGCCGCCGGAAGGGAGCCGCCUCCGCGCUCAACCGCCCCUCUGUACAAACCUAUAUCCCACAUUUGGACAUCGAAACCAAGGACUUCUUGUCCGAGCUCCUCACAUAUGGCAAAGAAGGAACCGUCGGUGUUGAUCCCUUGCCCUGUAUCCAACGCCUGAGUCUCAGUCUUGCCUUGACUCUGAACUGGGGUGUCCGCAUGGGCAGCCAGAACGAUGCACUCUUCAAAGAAAUCACCCACGUCGAGGAAGAAGUCAGCAGAUUUCGCAGCACAACCGGCAACCUCCAGGAUUUUAUACCUAUCCUACGUCUGAACCCCUUCAGCUUCGGCUCUAAGAAGGCACGUGAGAUGAGAAGCCGUCGCGACGUGUACUUGAAGGGUCUGAACAAGGGCCUCGAGGAGCGCAUGGAGAAGGGCACACACAAACCAUGCAUCCAAGCCAACGUCAUCCUCGACAAGGAGACACAACUCAACGAUGCUGAACUCACAUCCAUCAGUCUCACCAUGCUUUCCGGCGGCCUCGACACAGUCACAACCCUCCUCCAAUGGAGCGUCGCACUCCUCGCACAACGACCUGAUAUCCAAAAGAAAGCAUGGGCGGAAAUCGCCGAGUUCUACACCCCCGACGAGCCCCUAUGUGACGCCCAAGACGACCAAAAAUGCCGCUACAUCGUCGCCCUUGUCCGCGAAUGCCUCCGCUACUUCACCGUCCUCCGUCUCGCCCUCCCCCGUGUCUCCAUCAAAGACGUAACCUACGACGGCAUCGUCAUCCCCGCCAAGACAGUCUAUUUCCUCAACGCAUGGGCCUGCAACAUGGAUUCCGCUGUGUGGAGCGAUCCCUCCGUCUUCCGCCCCGAGCGCUGGCUCGAGCAGCCCGAUGCGCCGAUGUUCACUUACGGCAUGGGGUACCGCAUGUGUGCUGGCUCGCUGCUGGCAAAUAGGGAGCUGUAUCUUGUGUUUAUCCGCAUGUUGAACGCCUUUGAGAUCAAGAGCGCGGAUGGCGUGGAUGCGCAUCCGUUGACGGGGAAUUCGGACCCGACGAGCUUGGUGGCGAUGCCGGAGAGGUAUACAGCGUAUUUUGUGCCAAGGAGGGUGGAGGUGCUAAAAGGUGCGAUUGAUGGGUUUGAGGUUACUGGGGUGCAGGCUUGAGAGUAUAAACGGAUUUUUUUUUGGCGGGGAGGAGGGGAG